CGCUGUACUCCUUCCAAGUCUAAGAAUUCUAAAAAUCAAAGACAACCCACAGAGCCAAAGAACCAACAAACAGCGAUGGCAAAGUCUUCUCAGGCUCUCCUCAUCGCUGCCCUUUGUUUCUUUGGCCUUCUUGGCUUUGCCUACUGCCAUGAUGACUUUAAGGUUGUUGGAAGUGUGUACUGCGACACCUGCCGUGCCCUGUUCGUGACCAGAGUAAGCCAACCCGUCCCCAAUGCACCCAUUAAACUCGAAUGCCGGAGCCGUGACAAUGGCACCAUCACACACUCCGUGGAGAGCAAAUGUGACGAAUUAGGCGACUACAGGGUCACCGUGGAAGGUGAGCACCAGGAAGAUAUCUGUGAAGUGGUACUCCUGGAUAGCCCUGUCAGUAACUGUGCCGAGAAAGUUCGUGGGCGUGAUCGUGCUCGUAUUGUUCUUACUCACAACAAUGGAGUUGUUUCCAGCACACGAUACGCCAACCCUUUGGGAUUCUUGGCUGACAAACCUUUGGAAGUCUGCGCUGAUGUUCUCAAGGAGCUCGAUCUUCUCCCCACCAUCGAUUUCGCCUUACCAAUCUAAGAAUCUCAUCUCCCACUUCUUCUGAAUAAAACUAAGAAUCUCAUCUUAUCUCAUCUCAUUUCUUCUCCUCUAUCCAUCUAUGGGUGUAGGUGAGUCUGUGCAAGGGUUAUGAGAUUUUAAGUUCUUCUUAUAAAAAAAAAAAAAAAAAAAGAGAUUUUAAGUUCUUCCAUGGGUCCCAUGUAUCAGUGGUCUGGUUCUUCUUUUUGUAUUCUUUUUAUUACGUAAUUGAUUUUAUUUUUUACGUAUAAAGUAAUAUAUGAUUUAAGUGAAUAUCUUGUUCUAGCUCUGGUCUCAAACCCAUGGUGACAAAAUGCAUUGUAAGGUCAUUAUACCAGGCGUAAGAGUGAUGUGGUGGAACUGGCAAGUUAUAUGUCAAAUUUUAGAGCCAAAUAUAUUCAUUUUUUAUUUCAUGUAA